CUUCACAGGGAUACUGCAGGGCAAGAAAGAUUUAGAAGUCUCAUUCCAAGCUACAUAAGAGAUUCUUCUGUUGCAGUUAUUGUAUAUGAUGUUGCUAACAGGCAAUCAUUUCUGAACACUAACAAGUGGGUUGAGGAGGUUCGUACAGAACGUGGCAGUGAUGUUAUUAUUGUCUUGGUUGGAAACAAAACUGAUCUUGUUGAUAAAAGGCAAGUUUCUAUAGAGGAAGGAGAUGCAAAGUCCCGUGAGUUCGGAAUCAUGUUUAUAGAAACCAGUGCAAAAGCAGGCUUCAACAUCAAGCCUUUGUUUCGUAAGAUUGCUGCUGCCUUGCCAGGGAUGGAAACUCUUUCUUCUACAAAGCAGGAAGACAUGGUCGAUGUAAAUUUAAAACCCACGGUGAAUUCAUCCCAGACAGAGCAGCAAGGAGGAGGUUGCUCGUGCUAGAGAAAACUAUUCUCAAUAGAAGCCGGUGUUUGUGAUUCACUGAAUAUAGGAUUGGCUUCUUAAAUGCAAUGAUGGAGCAGGAGGAGACUUGCUUUCAUACCAAUGAUCCUUCAGUUUACUUGGGCGAGGGGGACAAAUUGCAUUAAUGGUUUUGAUGCACGACACAAAUAUUGAUAGUUUUUUUUUUUUUUUUUAAUUUGUUAUACAAUUAGUCCCUUGAUGUAAGAAUACAGGUAAUAAACAAGCUCUCUAAGUUGUCCGUCUUAGGUAUAUGUUUUACUUUAGAUAUCUGUUAAAGGCAAGAAAUAUAUAACCCUCCAUCUGGCCCUUUUCUUUUUGUGGCACC